AUGUUGGCAAAUAAUGUAAAAAAUCAUGUACAUUUCCCUAGAAAUGUGGAUGAAUGGACUAUUAUAAGAGGGAAAUUUUACCAAAUGUACAAGAUGCCUGGAAUUGGUGGAUGCAUAGAUUGUACACACAUAAAAAUACAAAAUCCUGGAGGUCCUGAUUCAGAAGUGUUCAGAAACAGAAAAGGCUAUUUUUCUUUAAAUGUUCAGGCUGUUUGURGACCAUCAAUGGAAUUUUUAGAUAUAGUUGUAAGAUGGCCAGGCAGUUACCAUGACAGCUUUAUAUUUAGUGGAAGUCAUGCAAACAAAUACUGUUCUGAAAGUACAAACCAUGUGUUAUUGCUUGGAGAUGGAGAUAAGAGCCUUGAGAAAUUUUUUUUUUUUGUUAUGUAG